AUGGGUGCCGUUAUUUCUCAGCUCGGAUUCAAUCAGCCGUUCCUACUCGCGCUGGCCAUAAUAGUGAUUCUCCUUGGGUUGACAGUCAUUGCUGUUGGGCACGACAACAAUGAGAUAGUGUGUGAAUAUGUUCCGAUUCCUCAAAUUCGAAUACUUCCCACAUCUUCUCCCCCGCCUCCUCCCCCAGCUCCACGAAAAAACAUGUGA